CGGCGGUUCAUGACGAUGAGGGAAUAAAGAUUUUGUGUCGUUUUCUCACCCCUGUGACCCGUGUGGAGCCUGUGGCGGCCUGCUGGUGGCUACCCCUGGGGUUAUCCUCCCUGUGUAGUGGCUAGAUAGCGAUUAUUGAAAUGGAGGAUGUAGAGUUUUCCAAGCCACUGCACAUUCAGCGGCUGGAACAGGCUUUGAAGCUCGAUCCAUUCCUUAACUAUGUCGAGCACAUUGUUAACCAACCAAUCAGUGAUUACGAUACAGCAUCAGAGUCAGAAGCUGAGGGAGGAAUAUCAUUCAAAAAUGGAAUUCCCAAAACAAAGGAAGAACGUGAGAAUGAUAAGUCACACCUAUACAACUUUAGUUUUAUACGUCGUAAGCGUCAGUGGCUAAAGGACACACUCGUUACAUCAUCCUCGUCGUCUGAAUCCGAAGAUACAGAUGGUGUGGGUUCAGGUUUUUCCGCAGCUUACGUGGAGAAGAUGCUGUGGGAACAUCGUCUUCGCAAACACCACCAGUCGCACUUCUACCAAAAUGAGGAGAAUCGUGGGUAUCUGUAUUACAGCGCCGGCUUACUGUCUCGAGUCGACAGAUAUCCCGACCAUCAACGAUUUAUGGCAGGAUCCAGAAGAAAGAAAAAUAAGGAGCGAAAAGAAAAGGAAAAACUGAGAAAGAUUAAGAAGGAAGAAGAUGAUGAAGAUUUAGAUCCUGAGAGUCCAUUGGCCCAAAAUGAAGACAGUCUGCACAGUUUUCCGGAUGAUACAUCUGAUGACCUGACAGUUCCAGUCAAGGGUCGAGGCCGAGGCAGCCGAAAAGAUCGAAAACCCAAAAAAUUAGAUGCUCAGGCACUUACCAUCCGAAGACACAAGCUAUGGGUCUUGAUGGCCAAGAAAGAAGUUGGAAGAUGUCAGAAAUCCAAAGCCUCUGUACGGAAAGAGGUCUUACAGAACUGCAAGAGGAUGGCUACCGGUUGUAUGAGAGUAUGUCGACAGAAAGCUUUACAAAGUCAAAAAACGGUGAAGGAUAAAGUGUGGAUGUUGAAGAGACUAACAAGAACAAUGCAAGGAGAGUGGAAGAAGUUCGACCGCAUUUUAAAAGAGCAAAAUCGCAGAGCCGAGAGAGAAGCUGAAGAGCAGCGGAAGAUGGAUAAAGAAAUCUUAGAGGUUAAAAGGCAGCAACGUAAGGUGAAUUUCCUCAUCACUCUGCCAGAACUAUAUGCUCACUUCAUGAAGAAUAAGAUGGGAUCAGUAUCUAUGGAAGAUGAAGAUACCAGCAGCAUCUUGAAGCAGUUGGAAGAUGAUACUUCAAUGCCUUCGUCCUCGCUCGAUGAUUAUGACUGUGAAGCCAUGAAGGUUCAGGCUCUGAAGACGGCUCAAGAGGCAUAUUCCAAUCAGCAAGCCAAACUAAGUCUGUUCUCGGGAAAUGAAAGCAAAAUUAUUCCAGACUUUGGACGAUCAAAAGAAUCAAAGGAACAUCCACAACCAACUAUAUUUCGGGGUGUCCUCAAAAGCUAUCAGAUGAAUGGCAUGAAUUGGCUGGCUAAUCUCUACUACUUUGGAAUCAAUGGCAUCCUAGCAGAUGAGAUGGGUCUGGGCAAGACAGUUCAAUCAAUUGCAUUUCUAGCGCAUAUAUGUGAGCAGUACGAUACUUGGGGUCCUUUCUUAAUAAUCACACCUGCUUCUACUCUUCAUAAUUGGACUGGUGAAAUCGCCAGAUUUGUACCCAGCUUCCAGGUGGUGCCAUAUUGGGGUAAUCCCGAAGAACGUAAAAAUCUUCGCAAGUUUUUUGAUGGCAAAAAUCUAGGGACGAGGGAGGCAAGUUUCCAUAUAGUUGUAACAAGUUACCAGAUUGUUAUUCAAGACUUCAAGUUUUUGAACCGUUUAAAGUGGAACUACAUGGUUCUUGAUGAGGCCCAAGCCAUCAAAAGCAUUAACAGCCAGAGAUGGAAGCUGCUACUGGGGUUCAGCUGUCGAAACCGCUUACUGUUGUCGGGAACACCCAUUCAAAACAGCAUGGCUGAACUUUGGGCUCUGUUGCAUUUUAUCAUGCCCACGCUCUUCGACUCGCACCUGUGGUUCAACGAGUGGUUCAGCAAGGAUAUUGAGGGACACGUAGAGAAUAAGACGCAUGUAGAUGAAAAACACUUAAAUCGACUACAUAUGAUCUUGAAACCAUUCAUGUUGAGGCGAGUGAAGACAGAAGUUGAGAAUGAACUUACGGAUAAGAUUGAGAUUAUGAUGUACUGUCCCCUCACACUUCGUCAAAAGUUUUUGUAUAGUGGUCUGAAAAAUAAGAUUAGUAUUGAUGAGUUGUUGAGGUCAUCAAUGGGUCCCUCUUCCCAGCAGUCGUCUGUAACGUCGUCACUCAUGAAUCUUGUUAUGCAGUUCAGGAAGGUAUGUAAUCACCCGGAACUGCUGGAACGGCGGGAGGUGCGAUCGCCAUUCACAAUGCAUCCAGAGUCUUAUAUCAUCCCGAAGCUAGUCUUCCGUGAAGCAUUCCUCCUCGAUGCCCCCCCAAGCAGGCAUCACCUAUUAUACAAUCGCUUUUCAAUCUUCCACCCUGACUAUAUACAUUCUAGUUUAAAGGAAGAGAGAGAAACCGGAAGAUGUUUCUCAUUUUUACGAUUCGUUAACCUCAGUGUACACGAAAUGUCCAGUGCGGUUUUAGGAGGAUUGCUUUCAAGAUGGUUGCUGCUGCUGGCUGCUCUUCAGUAUGCUAACAUCCGUUAUUUGCGCAACACUUGGACUGAACGAGUAAAACAUCCACGUUGCCGAAGAAUUCCAGCAAGUAAAGAUCAACUUCUAGUAGACUGUGCGUUGUGCCCACCGUGUGCAGCGUCAAGUGAAGCGUUAACAAAUCUUAUUUUUACGUCAAAUACGUCAUCUGUAUAUACCUUCAGUGACCACGUCAUUCGUUACAUUCCCGAGACAAUGAACCAUAGAAUAAUGAGGUCAAAGAAAGCAAGAAUGCCGCUGAUAGAAGUAGUAUCGGAAAAAAAGUUUACCUGUGAUGGUGAAAACAUGUCUAGUGAUUUAUUGACUGUAAUACCUAAGGAGGAAGCCACCAUUACAAGUGUGCCAGAAUUGAAAAUGGGUUUCGGAAAAUUUAGUUCCCAACAUAAAAUUGGGCAUUUGCACAAAAUGGGAAGUCCACAAAAAUUGGGAAGCAGUCACAAGUCUUCACACAGAAGAGCAAGCGGCGGAUUAAAGCAUUCCUUGAGAAAGCAUGGUGAAAAGAAAGAGGCCAAGUUGAUGGAAGGUGAGGAGGGAGCCGAGAGCGGAGUGACGGAGCUGUGCCUGCUACCUGAAGUGCGUCACGUCAAGCGCCUCCCUCUCAUCCGUACCUGUCAGCCGACCAUACUUCCCAGUUUCCUCAUGCACACCUGCCCAAAGGCACAGUGUUUGGAAAAGGAACUGGUAUGUCAUGACCGAACGGCUGCAUGGUGGAGGGUGCGGAGCAGCCACUGUGACACCCUUGAGGGUCUUGCGUGCCUCCUCCAUGGCUCUCCACAGUUGGAGAAGGAGUGGACGGAGAGGAAGCAGCGCAUAGCAGUCGUGGAGUUGGGGGGAUUAAGAGGCGCCUAUCCUAAGCUGGGCUGGAGCCAUGUCCUCAUUCCUGAUAAACACUCGCUGAUCAUGGAUGCUGGAAAGCUGUAUGUGCUGGACACCCUUCUCUCUAGACUGAAGGCCGAGGGCCACCGUGUUCUCAUAUACUCCCAGAUGACCAAGAUGAUUGAUCUCCUUGAGGAGUACAUGUGGCACAGGAAGCACAAGUUCAUGCGCCUUGACGGCUCCUCCAAGAUCUCUGACCGACGCGACAUGGUGGCCGACUUCCAGACUAAAGCGGAUAUCUUCGUCUUCCUGCUAUCGACCCGCGCGGGCGGCGUGGGUAUCAACCUCACGGCUGCCGACACUGUUAUCUUCUACGACUCGGACUGGAACCCGACGGUGGACCAGCAAGCGAUGGACCGGGCCCACAGACUGGGACAGACCAAACAGGUGACCGUGUACCGCCUCGUGUGCAAGGCCACUAUUGAGGAGCGCAUUCUGCAGCGGGCCCGGGAGAAGAGUGAG